UUUGCAGCGUCAUCUUGUUUUCCCGGAGAGCCCAGACGCUUCGGCAAUCGGCUCCAUUUUGUUGUUGGAACUUGUCGCUGCCAGCUGGGUGUUUUCCGUUGUCGCGUUGCAAGCGUUGUCUCCUGAGGCUUGGACUUUUUGGCCUGGACGAUGAGACACGCAAAGAGAGCUUAUUGUCCUGAUUGGGAUGAAAAAGAUUGGGAUUAUGAAAGAUGGAAGAGCAGCAGCAGUAGUCAUAAAAGAAGAAAGAGAUCACAUAGCAGUGCCUGGGAGAACAAGCGCUGCAGAUAUAAUCACUCUAAAACAUCUGAAAGCUAUUACUUGGAAAGCAGAUCCAUAAAUGAGAAAGAUUACCAUAGUCGACGCUACAUUGAUGAAUACAGAAAUGACUACAAUCAAGGAUGUGAACCUGGACAUCGCCAUAGAGAUUAUGAAAGCAGAUAUCAGAACCAUAGUAGCAAGUCCUCUGGUAGAAGUGGAAGAAGUAGUUAUAAAAGCAAAUACAGAAUUCACCACAGUACUUCACAUCAUCGUUCACAUGGGAAGAGUCACCGAAGGAAAAGAACCAGGAGUGUAGAGGAUGAUGAGGAGGGUCACCUGAUCUGUCAGAGUGGAGACGUACUAAGUGCAAGAUAUGAAAUUGUUGAUACUUUAGGUGAAGGAGCUUUUGGAAAAGUCGUGGAGUGCAUUGAUCAUAAAGCGGGAGGUAGACAUGUAGCAGUAAAAAUAGUUAAAAAUGUGGAUAGAUAUUGUGAAGCUGCUCGAUCAGAAAUACAAGUUCUGGAACACUUAAAUACAACAGACCCUAGCAGUACAUUCCGCUGUGUUCAGAUGUUGGAGUGGUUUGAGCAUCAUGGUCACAUUUGCAUUGUGUUUGAAUUACUAGGACUUAGUACAUAUGACUUUAUUAAGGAAAAUGGUUUUCUGCCAUUUCGACUGGAUCAUAUCAGGAAGAUGGCAUAUCAGAUAUGCAAGUCUGUGAAUUUUCUGCACAGCAAUAAGUUGACUCACACAGACUUAAAGCCUGAAAACAUCUUAUUUGUACAGUCUGACUACACAGAAGUUUAUAAUCCCAAAAUGAAACGUGAUGAACGUACCUUAAUUAAUCCAGAUAUUAAAGUUGUAGACUUUGGAAGUGCAACGUAUGAUGAUGAACAUCAUAGUACAUUGGUAUCUACAAGACAUUACAGGGCACCUGAAGUUAUUUUAGCCCUCGGAUGGUCCCAGCCAUGUGAUGUCUGGAGUAUAGGAUGUAUUCUUAUUGAAUAUUACCUUGGGUUUACUGUAUUUCCAACACAUGAUAGUAAGGAACACUUGGCAAUGAUGGAAAGGAUUCUUGGACCUUUACCAAAACAUAUGGUACAGAAAACAAGGAAACGUAAAUAUUUCCAUCAUGAUCGAUUAGACUGGGAUGAACACAGCUCUGCUGGCAGAUAUGUUUCAAGGCGCUGUAAACCUCUGAAGGAAUUUAUGCUUUCUCAGGAUGCUGAACAUGAGCUUCUCUUUGACCUCAUUCAGAAAAUGUUGGAGUAUGAUCCAGCUAAAAGGAUUACUCUUAAAGAAGCCUUAAAGCAUCCUUUCUUUUACCCCUUGAAAAAAACUAUAAAUCUGUAAUUGUACAGCUCUCUUAAAUCAUAUGGACUGCAUCAGUCUAAUUUUUAAAUGUUAAGUUAUUUUGUACAGCUUUUGUAAAUUUCUUACAUUUUUGUAUUGUGUUUAUUUUGUUUGGAUAACUCAAUUUAAGUAGUAAAGUAAGGAACAUUUUAUCAGUGAUUACUGUAUAAAGUAUUCAGAAUAAAUUUUUUGUGUUUAUGAAAUUUA